UAUUUGUCUUCAGCUCUGAGUUCAAACCCCUCACACCUGAGAGAGCUGGAUCUGAGCUACAAUCACCCAGGACAAUCAGGAGUCCAGCUGCUCAAACACAAACUGCAGGAUCUAAACUAUAAACUGCAGAUACUCAAGCCAGCACGGGCUGCCCCUUCUAACCCCUGGUUAUCCGAUGUUCUUCGUGAGCAUCGGACCAAACUCAGAGCGGCAGAGAGAAAAUGGCGCAAAUCAAACGAUCCGUCGGACCUGAUGUGGAUCAUGGAGGAGAGAUCAGGAUGACAGCGGGACCACGAAAGUAUGCCUGUGAUCUCACACUGGAUCCAAACACAGCACACACUGAACUCGAGCUGUCUGACGAGAACAGGAAGCUCACACACGUGUUUGAGCGUCAGCAGUAUCCUGAUCAUCCAGAGAGAUUUGAUGAUGUUCCUCAGGUUCUGAGUGUUGAGAGUCUGACUGGAUGCUGUUACUGGGAGACUGAAUGGAGCGGAGAUAAUGCUGAUAUAUCAGUAUCAUAUAAAGGAAUCAACAGGAAAGGAGUGAGAGAAGACUGUAUGUUUGGAUGGAAUGACAAAUCCUGGAGUCUGGACUGCUCUGAUAACAGAUUCACUGUCUGGCACAAUAACAACAGCACUGAUAUACCUGCUGUCUGUUCAUUCUCUAAUAGAGUAGGAGUGUAUGUGAACGUGUUGACCGGCUCUCUGUCCUUCUACAGCGUCUCUGACACACACACACUCACACACUUACACACAUUCAUCACCACAUUCACUGAACCCCUCUGUGCUGGAUUUACAGUUUAUUAUGAUUCCUCAGUGUCUCUGUGUGAUAUUAAAUUCUUAAAUUCUCUUUCUGAUGUUCACAUGCACACACAUUCAUUAAAGGUGCCAUAGAAUGGAAAACUGUGUUUACCUUGGCAUAGUUGAAUAAUAAGUUCUGUACAUGGAAAUGACAUACCUUGAGCCUCAAACACCAUUGUUUCCUCCUUCUUAUGUAAAUCUCGUGAAUAAAAAAGACCACUGAAAAAUAGGCGAAUGAGAACAUAACAACGACUGUAACAUAACAUUAAAAUAUUGUAUCAAUGCAUUCUAUGGCACCUAUAAAUCUCACAUUAUUAGGGGCCAAGCACCGAAGGUCAUAGAACCGCUUGCGGGAAAGUUAUGAAAUUUGGCACACUGAUAAGAGGAGGGUCUCAAUUGUCACCAUAGCAAAUUUGGAGACUCUAACUCAAACUCUCUAGCGCCACCACUUGUCCAAAGUUUCACUCAUGUUUAUACUAAUAACUUUUUUGAAUUCUUUUUUCCUCUGAAUUCUUGGCUCAUGCCGAAUCGAAUGAACUCCAAAAUUGAAAAAUCGUAAGGUUUAUUUUCACUAUUUUCAAUAGUUCGAAAAACCUACUUUUUCGAAUUUGUUCUAGACAGUUUGUCUGAUUUUCACCAAAAUUGGCUCAGAUCAUCUUCAGACCAUGCUGGCAAAAAGUUAUGGAAUUCAAGUUGAUUCGUCAAACCGUUCCCGUUCUCGCAAUGGUUUGGCGUAUUGAGACGAAACUUGGUGUGUAUUAUAACACGUAUGACCUGAGAUUACCUGCAGUGUUUCGGUGCUGUGCCACCUAGUAGUCAGGAGAUAUGAAAAAUGCAUAUUUUUGCUUAUAACUUCUUAAUGGUUUGGCCAAAAAUCACAAAUCUCUUUAGAUUCAGUGCAUCAUGCUGUGUCGAAUGAUACCCGAUUUUCCCAUGUCAGCCAUUUUUGGUGUCGGCCAUUUAGAAUUUUGUAGUAAAAUGCUGUACUUUACAAACGCAUUGAUGUGGUAAAAUCAAAUAUUCACAUGCUUAUAACUUUGGGUGUGGUCGACUUAUUUUCACGGGAGUCACCUUUUUAGACUCCCGAAUCCUUGCAGAGUCCAGCAAUACCAAACUUGCCAGGUUUUGCCUCAUGGUUUGUGCAACGUUGCACUUUAGCGCUUAAAAAACAUUUGCCAAUAUCUUAGAAACCGUUACUCAGAUCGACAUGAAACCACCGUAAGAAAUUCGAAAACAUAGCCUGCCGGCUAUAUGCUAAUGCCCAAUUGCUAGAAUUUUGAUAGUAAGUGGCAAAAAAAGUCGGCCAUCAGUCAUUUUUUUCUCUUCUCAUAUAUAAAAACGUCUAUAACUCCAAAACAAAAUGAGAUAUUUUCACCAAAUUUGACACACAUAUGUAUGGGCACACUCUAAAAUUUGGUGGGAUUGUGCCUCUUGGUGGCACUAUAACUGAACAAAACUUGAAAUUGCCAUUGACUACAAUAGAGUAUUAUGAUAUAAAAUGCUAUAUUUCACAAAUGCAUUGGUGUAACAUUACAAAACUCUGUAUGUCCCAUCAAGACCAUGAUCUGAAAGUACUCAAAAAGUUUUGAGACAGUGCCACCUUGUGGCAUGAUGCCAAAAUGACACUUGAGGCUGUAUCUCUGCAAUGCUUUGGCAUAUUGACACCAAACUUUCUGUGUGCCAUUGUCAACUCACACAGAACACACCACAUUGAUUUGAUAACAGCGCCACCAAUUGGUCAAACGGGAUAGGCCAAUAAAUCAUAUUACUAGAGGUUGUAUUUAUUUUUGAGCCAUUUUGACUAAAAUGGCUUAAAUUACUCAUUUCUGCAGUUGGUCUGAUGCUUGCUUCUGUAGCGCUUGGCCCCGUAAUUGCUGCUUGCAGCUAUAUUUAUAUUUGUAUUUAUUUUUAAUUUGUUUUUUAUUGUCAUCAAGAAGUUAUAAAUCUAGAUCAAAGACACAUUCUGUUCUGAAUCUUUAAUAAACAGUAAUAAGUUUGCUUUAAUAUUUCUAUUGUAAACUGAUGAUCAAAUGUAAUAAAAGUGUAUUAGUGACUGAUUUAAUGAUGAAGUGGUUUCUGAAUCUGAUGUGAACUGAUGACAGUAUGAAUAAUGAUGAAUGUGAUUGAGAUCAGCAGAAUGAAACUCAGAAUGAAUCCGUCUCCUGAUCGUCUGCUUUAUUUUUCUGUCUGCACUGAUUUAACACUCAGUUCACUAAAUCUGUCGCCUCUGGCUUGCUCAGUUGGGGACACUUAAUUUUUAGCGAUUAUCGCCGAUUUGAUUGCACAGAUACUAUUUAAACUAAACUGAGCUAGACGGUGACAUCUCUGAACUCAAUAAUGAAAUGCCUUUAACUGAAAAUUGAGUGUUUAAUCUUAUCAUUAUACAUUACUGACACUCUA